AUGUGCGAGAGGAACGAGAAUCGACUGUUAACUAGCAGCGCGCCGGAAGUUUACUCGUUUCCCAGGCGACGGCUCCUGGCAGCCGGAGUCGGGACGCUGGAAAGCGACCCGGAGGAGAGGGUACCCGCCGACGGCGGCCGCCGCCACAGCGAUUCGCGGGGAGCAGUGUGCGAAGAUGGCGGCCGCCGCACUAGCCACCAGGUUUGGAAGAUAAAUCGUCCCCAGGGCCAUCGCGGCGCCGAGUCUCGAGAAAGACUUAGAGAAGACCAGGGCUCCCGCAGCGACAGCGGGGAAAGAAAACGCGAAGACAAGGACUGUCGCUCCCGGGGCUCCACGGGGAGAGUAAGUGAGGACGUGGGCUUCUCCCGCAGGGACUCGAGGAGGGUGAGCGAAGACCUAGGCCACCGCCGCAGUGUCUCUCGCGAGAGAGUGCGGGGAGAUGGCGGCCGCCGCCCCAGCAGCUCGCGGGAGAGAGUGAGGGGAGACCGGGGCUUCCGCAGCAGCGACGUGAAUUUCAGUGAACCUGGCGGCCACCAAAGUAGCGACUCCGGGGAAACAGUCAGAGAAGACCGCGGCCCCCGGCCCGGCGGUGGCUGGGAGAGAAUCGGUGAAGUCCGGAGUUCCCGGACCGGCGACUCCCGGCCGAAAGUCAGUGAGCACCGCACCCGCAGCCUCAGCGGCUCCUGGGAGGGAGGCAGUGCCGAUGGCAGCCACAGCCUCAGUAGCUUUUGGGAUGGAGUGAGUGAAGACCGCGGCUACGCGGCCAGCGACUCCUCCGGGGUGACCGUCAGCGAAGACGCCAGCCGCCGCCUCAGUGGCUUCUGGGAGAGAGAAAGUGAGGACGAGGGCUCCCGCACCAGGGGCUCUUGGGAGAGAACGGGGGAAGACGGCGGCUCCCGCGCUAGCGAUUCCGAAGGGGACGGCCGCUCGCAGCGCAGUGCGUCCUGGGUGAGAGCCAGUGAGGACCGCCGCAGCAGCAGGGGCCUAGACUCCACCCCGCCCCAGAGUCCGAGGAGUUGCACCAUGCCCACGGCGGCCAGCUCAGGCCCUUCUGCUUCUGCGCGGGAGACCACAGGCCCGUCUGCCAAGAAGAAGGUGCAUUUUGGUAGUAUACAUGAUGCAGUACGAGCUGGAGAUGUAAAGCAGCUUUCAGAAAUAGUGGAACGUGGAGCCAGCAUUAAUGAAGUUGAUGUUCUCCAUAAAUUUACCCCUUUACAUUGGGCAGCACAUUCUGGAAGUUUGGAGUGUCUUCAUUGGCUACUGUGGCAUGGAGCUGAUAUCACGCAAGUAACUUCAAGAGGUUGGACAGCAGCUCACAUAGCUGCAAUUAGAGGUCAAGAUGCUUGUAUGCAGGCUCUUAUAAUCAAUGGAGCAAAUCUGGCAGCUCAAGAUGACCGUGGAUGUACUCCUUUACAUCUCGCUGCAACUCAUGGACAUUCUUUUACUUUACAAAUAAUGCUCCGAAGUGGAGUGGAUCCCAGUGUGACAGAUAAGAGAGAAUGGAAACCUGUACAUUAUGCCACUUUUCAUGGGCGACUUGGCUGUUUGCAGCUUCUCGUUAAAUGGGGAUGUAGCAUAGAAGAUGUGGACUACAAUGGAAAUCUUCCAGUUCACUUAGCAGCCAUGGAAGGCCACCUUCACUGUUUUAAAUUCCUACUCAGUAGAAUGAGUAGUGGAACACAAGCUUUAAAAGCCUUCAAUGAUAAUGGAGAAAAUGUAUCAGACUUGGCACAGAGGUUUUUUAAGCAGAACAUUUUGCAAUUUAUCCAGGGGACUGAGUAUGAAGGAAAUGAUCCAGAAGAUCAGGAAACUUUAGCAUUUCCAGGUCAUGUGGCUGCCUUUAAGGGUGAUUUGCAAAUGCUUAAGAAAUUAGUAGAAGAUGGAGUAAUCAAUUUGAAUGAGCGUGAUGAUAAUGGAUCAACUCCUAUGCAUAAAGCUGCUGGACAAGGCCACAUAGCAUGUUUGCAGUGGUUAAUUAAAAUGGGAGCAGACAGUAAUAUUACUGACAAAGCAGGGGAGAGACCCAGUGAUGUGGCUAAGAGGUUUGCUCAUUUGGCAGCAGUGAAGUUGUUAGAGGGGCUACAGAAAUAUGAUAUUGAUGAUGGAGAUGAAAUUGAUGAAAAUGAUAUGAAGUUUUUUGUAAGACAUGGUGUUGAGGGAAGCACUGAUGCCAAGGAUGACUUAUGUCUCAGUGAGUUGGAUAAAACAGAUGCCAGAAUGAGAGCUUAUAAGAAAAUUGUAGAAUUGAGACACCUUCUGGAAAUUGCUGCAAGCAACUAUAAACAGUUGGGAGGGAUAACAGAGGAAGAUUUAAAGCAGAAGAAAGAACAUAUUGAAUCUGAAAAGACCAUCUCAGAGCUGCGGGGCCAGCUGGAUUAUGAACGACUACGUAGAGAAAAAUUAGAAUGUCAGCUGGAUGAAUAUCGAGCAGAGGUGGAUAAACUCAAGGAAAGGCUGGAAAAAAUUCAGGUCUCCAACUUUGUGUCUUUGGAAGAUGACUCCUGUGAGUCAAGCAAAGAGAAAAGGCGAGUGAAAAAAAAGGUGUCUUCUGGGGGAAUGUUUGUGAGAAGCUUUUGCUUUUGAACAUCAUUUCUGAUGCCAGACACUGCUAAGUCACGAGGAUACAGACAUAAGACACAGUGCUGCC